AGGAGAGGGUGGGUAGAGAGACUGGAAGGGGGCAGGCUGCUCUCAUCAAAGGACCUCUCAGACUCUACAAGUUCAUGACCGAUGUGGCAGAGACCCUGAAGCCCUCAGACCCCGACAGCUACACACAGGAAGACGGAUAAACAGUCAGAGAGACAGACUAACAUACAGAAAAAAAAACUGAGUUUGAAAUGACGUGGCGUGAGCUACGUAGUAAGCAGUUCUGGCGCGCCAUUCUCGCAGAGCUGCUCGGUACCCUGGUUUUAGUGAGCGCCGUGCUGGGAGCAUCUGUGCCAGGCCCCGGAGAGGCCCCCAAGGGACCAAUGUACCCAGCUGUGGCGGUGGGUGUGACCAUUGUCGCACUGGGACACUGUUUUGGAGAAAUAAGCGGGGCACAGGUGAACCCUGCAGUGACUCUGGCUCUGUUGGCCUGUCGGAAGCUGGAAGUUGUCAGAGCCGUUGUUUACAUAGUUGCACAGUGUUUGGGGGCCUGUUUAGGAGCAGGGGCCCUCUACUUGGCCCUGCCAGUCAAAACCACUGCAGACCACUUCGUCAACAGGGUUCCUAUAGAGUUAAAUGCAGCCCAGGCUCUGGGCAUGGAGGUUUUGUGCACCUUCCAGAUGGUCUUCACUGUGUUCUCAGUAGAGGAUCAGCGGCGAAGGGAAAGCCCAGAACCAGGAAACCUGGCCAUUGGAUUGGCACACACUGCUGGAGUGCUAAUAGGGGGGCGGUUCUCUGGUGCUAGUAUGAACCCCGCACGUUCUCUGGGUCCAGCCAUCAUCACUGGAUUCUGGGAAAACCACUGGCUUUAUUUGAUAGGACCAGUGAUUGGUGCCAUACUGGCUGGAGUGUCCCAUGAGUUCUUCUUUGCACGAAGCGCCUCUCGCCAGAAGCUGGUGGCUUGUCUGACCUGUAAGGACAUAGAGAUUGUGGAGACGACCAGCAUGACGGGAUCAUCUCUGUCCACAGUCACACCGAACGCCAUGAGAGUCAAGCAAGCCAACAAACAAGAAAACAACUGAGGACACAUGCAUAAACAAACACAAUUUUACAGAUAUAUUUAUGAAGAAGCAUAGUGUAUCAGGUGCAGAUCUGGCUUGACGGCGGGAUUUAUCCUUCAUUAACUAUUACUGUUUCAAGUUCUGAAGCACUUUAUGAACAAAAUGAAGAAGUAUUAAAAU